AGUCUAACAGGGGCUCCAUAUUCUCCCCUCUAAAUCAAUAACACAGCAGAAUCCGUCUGGUGGAAGCAUUUUAAAGUGAGAAAUUGGGUGAAAUAUCAUAAAGAACAAGUUAGGUUUUUACGCACGGACUUCGGCGCCUGAAUCUAUGGCUGUGAUAUAAGAAUCGGCUUCUCAGCCUGCGCCAGAGCUUCCCUCCUAUCCAGAGAGGAGGAGGAGAGAGAUACACGCAAUACACGCAGUGAUACUCAGACACAGCGAGGGAUGCACUGGCUGAAAGUGACGCGGGAAGUCCGCGAUUUGGCUUUUUUUUUUUUUUGUCGCUCUCGGAUAUAAACACUGAAUCACAAGCUGACUGACUUUACCACAAACACUCAUCUGGGAACUUCGCUUCUAGACACUUUUGUCUCUGUACAUGUUUUCAGGGUUUACAGACAAUUACUCCUCUGUUUAUUUUUUGCUUUUUAACUUACAGCAGCUCAAGUCAUCGGGUGUUUUUUUUCUCUUAUGCGCAAUGGCUGGUGUUUUUUAUCGCCUGGAACUGCGCGUCCAUAUGGAGGUGUCCGGGAUGCUGCUUGGCUGAAAAAACUAACAAACAAAAAAAAGGGACAUAACUCCUGUGGAUGCGACGUGACCUCCUGAGUCUGGAUAUUUCAGUAGCCUCUUUCAUGAAACCUCCUUACCUUUCCAUUGUGGGGAUCUGUUUAGGAGUCUGUGCUGCGUUUUAGUUCAGAGCGCACUUGUGUCUGACUCAACGAUGUGCUCCGGUGGGAAAUACUGCGUGUUUUUGUUCUUGCUUAAAAGUAUCCUGUCGGACCCGGGAACCACAAACCAAGUGGUUCUGUUGGACACUACGACAGCGCUGGGAGAACUGGACUGGAAGACUUAUCCUGUCAAUGGGUGGGAUGCUAUCACAGAGAUGGAUGAGCAGAACAGACCUAUUCACACCUUCCAGGUUUGCCAUGUAAUGGAGCCAAACCAGAACAACUGGCUACGCUCUGGAUGGAUCCAACGACAAGCUGCACAGAGGGUAUAUGUGGAGCUGCGUUUCACACUAAGAGACUGCAAUUCCAUUCCUUGGGUUUCUGGCACUUGUAAGGAAACCUUCAACCUCUUUUACCUGCAAACAGAUGAACCACUCUCUGCAGCAACACGAUUUCGGCCGACUGACUAUGCCAAGGUGGACACUAUAGCAGCGGAUGAAAGUUUCACACAGACUGAUCUCGGAGAUCGUGUUCUUCGCCUCAACACGGAGGUCAGGGAAGUGGGGCCAGUGACACAGAAGGGCUUCUACUUGGCCUUCCAAGAUGUGGGAGCUUGUAUAGCUCUUGUGUCAGUCAAGGUGUUCUACAAACGCUGCCCGUCGACUUUAAGGAACCUGGCAGCAUUUCCGGACACGGUGCCACAUAUGGACUCGUCCUCUCUGGUGGAAGUUCGAGGCGCUUGUGUGGAGAACGCAGAAGAAAGAGACACUCCCAAACUGUACUGUGGUGCUGAUGGAGACUGGCUGGUUCCUCUGGGUCGCUGUGUCUGCAGCAUCGGCCACGAGGAGACGGAUGGCUACUGCCGAGCUUGUAAGCCUGGCUUCUUCAAAGCAUAUGCCGGGAACACUAAAUGCUCCAAGUGUCCUCUACGUAGCUCCAGCCACGAUCAGGCGGCCACCAUCUGUCACUGCGAUAAAGGCUUCUAUAGAGCUAUCAAAGACCCCUCCACCAUGGCUUGUACAAGGCCUCCAUCACCUCCAAGGAAUCUGGUCUCGCUGAUCAAUGACACGGCCCUCUUCCUGCAGUGGAUGCCUCCCAGCGACACAGGAGGCAGGAAGGACAUCACCUACAACAUCCUGUGUCAGCGCUGCGACGGAGGCGACGGUGACGGUGUUGUGACUCAGUGUGAGCCGUGUGAUCCAGACCUGCGCUUCAUCCCACGACCUCUCGGUAUUACCGGCACCUCUGUGGCAAUACUAGAUUUUGCAAUGCAGGCCAACUACACCUUCCAUGUGGAGGCCGUGAACGGAGUGUCAGGGCUCGGUGUGGCUGCACGCUCACUGGCAAAUGUCACCGUUAAUACACACCAAGCUGGUCCUGCUCUGGUUGGUGUAGUCAGGAAAGACUGGUCCUCCCAAAACAGCAUCGCCCUCUCCUGGUCAGAAGUGGAACAGCCGCCUUCAGACUUUGUGGACUAUGAAGUCAAAUACUAUGAGAAGGAGCAAGAACAGCUGAGCUACUCAUCAACACGAACCAAAACCCCCAGCGUGGUGGUAACCGGCCUCAGACCCUCCACUGUUUACGUCUUCCAUGUUCGUGCUCGCACUGCUGCAGGCUACACAGCCUACAGCCCCAACUUUGAGUUUGCAACUGCAGCUGAGGAUCCAGAUAUCGCUGAUCAGGGUCAGGUUCUGGUGGUUGUCACAGCAUCUGUAGGAGGUUUCUCCCUUCUAGUCAUCCUCACACUCUUCCUCCUCAUCACUGGCCGGUGUCAGGGGUACAUUAAAGCCAGGAUGAAGUCAGAGGAGAAGAGGAGGACUCGCUUCCACAGUGGACACGUCCCGUUCUCUGGAAUAAAGACCUAUGUGGAUCCAGAUACGUAUGAAGACCCCACUCAGGCUGUGGAGGAAUUCGCCAAAGAGAUAGACCCCUCAUACAUAUGCAUUGAGAGGGUGAUUGGUGCUGGUGAAUUUGGAGAAGUCUGUAGUGGACGCUUGCGUAUACCUGGAAGGAUGGCUAUUGCUGUGGCAAUAAAGACACUUAAAGGAGGAUACAUGGAACAACAAAGACGAGACUUUCUGCGUGAGGCUUCAAUCAUGGGACAGUUCAACAACCCCAACAUCAUCAGGCUGGAGGGAGUCGUCACUAAGAGCAGACCAGUAAUGAUAGUGGUGGAGUACAUGGAAAAUGGAGCGCUUGAUUCUUUCCUGCGGACACGUGAUGGUCAGUUCACGGUCCUCCAGCUGGUUGGGAUGAUGCGUGGCAUCGCAGUGGGCAUGACCUACCUUUCAGAGAUGGGUUACGUUCACAGAGACCUGGCUGCUCGCAACAUCUUGGUGGAUGAAAACUUGGUGUGUAAGGUGUCUGAUUUUGGCAUGUCCAGAGUCCUUGAAGAUGACACUGAGGCGGCGUACACAGCUACAGGAGGAAAAAUACCAAUACGCUGGACGGCACCAGAAGCUAUUGCUUAUGGAAAGUUUUCCUCAUCCAGUGAUGUCUGGAGCUACGGCAUUGUCAUGUGGGAAGUGAUGUCAUAUGGAGAGAGGCCCUACUGGGAGAUGUCCAAUCAGGAUGUCAUUUUAUCCAUUGAAGAAGGCUACCGUCUGCCAGCUCCAAUGGGCUGCCCUGUGACGCUGCACCAGCUGAUGCUGCACUGCUGGCAGAAGGAGUCCAACCAGCGUCCACGCUUCAAUGACGUGCUCUCUUUCCUUGACAAACUCAUAAUUAAUCCCAGUAGUCUGCUGGCUCUGGUCAAUGAUGUUCAGAGUUUUCCAGACUCCCCAGAGGAUAUGCCGGACUACCCGCUUUUCAUCUCUAUCGGCGACUGGCUUGACUCCAUCAAAAUGAGCCAGUAUAAGAACAACUUCCUUGCAGCAGGAUACACAACACUGGAUUCCAUUUCAACCAUGAGUAUAGACGACAUCAGGCGCAUCGGGGUCUGUUUGAUCGGCCACCAGAGGAGAAUCAUAAGCAGCAUACAGUCGCUUCGCCUGCAGCUUCACCACAUUCAGCAGAGCGGCUUUCAAGUGUGAGACCAUCGCACAAAGUCAGACUGUGUGUAACGCACUGAACUGGAAACCGACCAGACUUCCUCGGCAUCGUCAUUCAACUAAUUGCACAAACACCAGACUGUUAGGUGUAGCAGGUACCACAUGCUGCUCGCGUGAGCGCUGCCAGACCACAUGGGGUCUGGUUUACACACACUCAUCUUCUUUUGGAUCAUUUUCAAUACAGCCUCCACAACAACCAAACCUCUGUCAGCGUUGGCCAAAUGCGGUCUCUUAAUUAUCUCAGCAAAUGCUAGCAUUCACUUGAAUUUAGGACUUCUUUUUCUCUAGUGUCUAUUCAAGUGUUCACCGAUACCUCUUCUCUUUCCAAGUGACAAUCCAAUGGUCUCUAUUGACUUUGAAUGGUCUCAAGUCUGUUACCUCAUGACCAGAGAAGAUGCGUAUAUAUAUAUAUAUAUAUAUA